AUGGCAGACUGUCGGGCGGCUCUAAGGCACAGCUGCGGCAGUAGGCCACAUGCACAUUCUUCUCGAGCCAUGUUGAAGCCUUCCGCCGCUGCACCCUGUGUUUUCGCACGGAACGUCGCCGACUGUGCGGCUGCAGCGGCUGCUCCUGCGCUGUCUCUCCGUAAGCAGCAACAACAGCAGCAACAGCAGCAGCAGCAUCUCGCCAGUGCUUCUGCUUCUGCAGAAGAACAAGCAGCAGCAGCAGGGAAGAAAGGUGUGGACAUGCUGGAAGACGUGUUUGUAUCACCUGGGGAGGCCGUCGUGGAGCUUACGGAUGCUAGCAGCAGCAGCAGCAGCAGCAGCAGCAGCAGCAGUCAGCUGUUGCGUGCCUUGGGUUCCCUCGAGUUGCCUCCUUUUUUGUUGCAGUCUUCUUCUUCCUUUUCCCGCAGCGCGUCUCCGUCUGCGGGAAUUCUCUGUAGCAGCAGCGAGGAGGCGUCGACAGACAUUGCGCACGCUCCAGCGGCUGGCGACACGGCGGAGUGCACGCAGAACGGCGUUUCUGAGGGGAGCCUUGUCGAGGGAGGAGGGGCUGCAGGCUUAGCGACUGUCGCGAAGACACCAGGCAGCAGCACAUCCUUCUCGCGUCCUUCAUGGCCGCUGCGGCAGAAGGAAAGCCUCGGGGGGGGGGGCAGUUUGCCGACGCUGUUGCAAGCCUUGUCGGAGACUCCCGAGGGCUUUGGUGUGCUGCCCGGCUGCCGCAGAGUGGGGGGGGGCGGCGUUUCUUCGCCAUGUGAGCGGAAGGAUCUGGCAGCGAGUGUUGGAGGGAGUGCCGCUGCUGGGUGUUGUUCGGAUCGUCGCGCUUCGACGGAGGACAGAGCGCCUAGGGGGGCUCUGCGAGAAGAAUCGAGCAGUGCCGCUGCGGAGGAGGAUAUUGCAACGCGAAAGGCCACUCUGGUGUCUUUCCUCAUGUCUCUCCUGCCGGAAAGUGGCAGCUACACGCCAGCGGGAGGCUUGGGGGGUCGCGAGGCAUCGACAGCUGCCGCGGCUUCCGCAGCGUCUUUGCACGAGACAGGACGGCUGGCGGAAGAGUGCGAGGGCAGCAGCAGCGGCAAGGGUGUGGGGACGCAAGCCUUGCUGUGCAGCUUGCAAGAUCACUUGAUGCGAUACGGGCCGGAGGAGAGUGGGGGGGGGGUGCCGCCAGCCAAGCAGCUCCACGACGCAGUCAUGGCGACGACUGCGGGGGGAAGGCGCAGCAGAAAUGGGGUCGCACAGCACGUCAGUCGGGGGGGAGGGGGAGGCGCUCCGUGGAAAUCGGAGGGUACUCUCCCGCAUAGUUCAGUAGGGGGUCCAUCCGUUAGCAGGGACCGCCUGUUAACAGCCUCUCUGAAACGCGAGUUGCUGCCUUCCUUACCCUCCCCCCCCCCCGAAGAGGGAGCAGCUCCAGGUGCACUGGGCUGUCGGCUGUCGGACGCCGACUCGUCUGCAGCUGCUGCACUGCCUGAAGGAGCGACGGGAUCCGGAGAGCACUUGGGAACUGAAGCAGAGGCUGCCGGUACAGGCUCGGGGGGUGGGGGCAGUUACUCCUCCGUUGGGGAGUCUGUUAAUACUCCCGAAGAGGAUCUCUUCGGGGGUUCCGCAGCGGUGGUCUCUGCGCCUGCCAAUGCUCAACUGCUGUACCGCAGCACUAUUAGCGGCGUUGUUUAUGACAAAUCCGGGCAGAAGUGGACGGCCAGGUGGAGUGAGUAUGGGAGGCAACACAAAAAGACGUUUGCGACUGCUAAAUACGGUUUUUUGCAUGCGAAGAAAAGGGCAGAGGCGUGCCGCUUGGAAGCGAGCCGCCUUAUGCGGGAAGGGCAAGGGAGGGCUCUCGCAGCGGCCGCUCGACUUGCACAGGUUGGUGGGAAUCUUCAACCGGAGACUGGGACUGGAGGAUCUCGUGCUGCUUUCUCUGGACUUGCCCUCUCAGCAGCCGCGACGCAGCAUGCAGUGCAGGGAAGAGAGGCCUCCGCCGUCGAGGCGGAGCAACAACAGCAACCUGACGCCUCAGGCGGUGUUAGCGGAGGCUCAGCUGCACGGCCCAUGUGCAGCAGCUCCCCCUUUGAAGCGCAGGAGACAUAA